AUGUUGGGAAAUAUCAAUUCGCGCCACCUGGUAGGACUCGUCCUUGCAACCCUAACAAGCCAGGCCAAUACCGAAGAUGCCGGACACCGGGGACCAGACAAGCCCAUCAUGCUCCGGCAGUCCGGCGGCUUCACCAUCGGCGGCAAGAUCAUCCCGAACCCGCUGAACCCCAACAUGACGCUCUCGUGCGACCACGGCUACAUGGAGUACUUCACGCCGUGGCGGCCGCGCAAGACGAGCAUCGUCAUGUGGCACAGCUCCAGCACGCAGAGCUUCCAGAACCGCUGGGACGGCGGCGAGGGCUUCAAGGACAAGUUCCUGCGCCGCGACUACCCCGUCUUCCUGUGGGACGGACCCCGUGUCGGCCGCGCCAACUGGGCCUGCAACGCCACCUACUACGCCCCCGACUACCGCGACCAGGGCAACUUUGCCGCGUGGAACUUUGGCCCCCGCUACCCGGAGUGGUGGCCCGACGUGCAGUUCCCGACCGAGAACGAGUACGCCUGGCAGCAGGCUACCAGCUCGCGGUAUGUCGAGUACGACACGGCGGCGAACGUCCAUCUCGAGACGGAUGCGGCGGCGAUUGCGGCGGAUUCCGGCAAGCUCGGAAAGAGUAUUGUUUACUUGGGGAACUCGGCCAGUGGGCUGCGCGCUCAGAUGACGGCUGUCAAGAGCAACACGACGAAUAUCAAGGGUAUUGUGUGCUAUGAGGGCUAUGGGUACAUCUUCCCCGACAAUGCUGGCAUCGAGCCGGGGCCCGGGCUGAACCCCUUCGGCCCGUAUGUGGUCCCGCUUGAGGAUUUCAAGAAGCUGGCAAGAAUACCAGCUAUUCAGUUCUUGUGGGGAGAUCACCGGGACGAGAGCUACUCAUUCCUCAACCAGUCGAGGCAGGCGGCGGCGCUGAUCAACAAGUAUGGCGGCAACGCCCAGGUCAUCAAGUUGGGAGAGGAUCUGGGUUGGAAGGGGACCACGCACAUUGCCUUCGCGGAUAUGCACAACGACAAAGCUGCUGAUCUCUUGGAAAGCUUCUUACGCAAGAACGGGCUGUCCCACUAUGAUUUUUGGGAAAGCGACCCAGGUGACGAUGGCUCGGUAGAGCUUGGAACCAUCUUCCUUUGCGAUGAACAGGCAGAAGCCGUCCUCACUAAUCCUCCCAGCCGCGACAUGCAAGCCCCAACCCCCACCGCCACCCGGGGACUGGCCGAUUGGAAACCCCUGAUCCAGAGGACAACCUCGGGAGCUGCCGAAAAGGCAGUCGGGAACUUCACCUCCAUUUCCGUCAAGGCCGGUAAGCACUCUCGUGGCGAGUGCUCAGUGCUGCUGUCGACCACCCCGGUCUGGAACCCUGCCGUCUCUGGCGUUCCGAGCGUGAGCCACAUGACUCCCCCAGAGACCAGCUGCGACUCGCCAUCCCCCCAGGUCUCCGUUACGGCAGUGAACCCAUCGUUUCUCAAACGCUUCGGACUUGAGCCUUAG